CGGUCCUGGGUGUGUGUGGGUCCCGUGACCCGUUCGGCGUAAAGCCUAUAAUCUCACACAUCAUCCCUUCCCUUCCAAUCUCCCACAUAUUCUCUGCUUCACUGGGGUCUCCUCCUCCCACGCGCCGCCCCCUACCGCCGCGGCCGCCACACCCUCACAAAUCAUCCAAUCAAUAAUGGCCGCCAUGAACCGCCUAUUCAGAUCCCCAACCUCCUCCGCUUUCCUCCUACGAAGCUGCUUUUCAACCACGGCCGGCGCCGCAACGGAGACAGUGAAGCCGAAACUUUACCCAGAUUCCCCUCUCACAAAGGCUCGAGAUCCCAAGCCUAAAGGCAUCCAGUGGGUGUUUCUCGGCUGCCCCGGCGUCGGAAAAGGGACCUACGCCAGCCGCCUGUCUGCUCUCCUCGGAGUUCCGCAUAUUGCCACAGGCGAUCUCGUCCGUGAAGAGCUCAAAUCAUCUGGCCCUCUCUCUAAACAACUUUCAGAUAUUGUAAACCAAGGGCAAUUGGUUUCAGAUGAAAUAAUACUGAACUUACUGUCAAAGAGGCUAGAAGCUGGAGAAGCUAAGGGUGAAGCAGGAUUUAUACUUGAUGGAUUCCCUCGAACAGUGAGGCAAGCCGAAAUAUUGAAUGAUGUGACAGACAUAGAGUUGGUUGUUAAUCUCAAGCUUCCAGAAAGCGUAUUAGUUGAAAAAUGUCUCGGGCGAAGGAUUUGUGGUGAAUGCGGGAAGAAUUUCAAUGUGGCAUCAAUUAAUGUCAAGGGCGAAAAUGGGAGUCCUGGAAUUAGCAUGGCCCCACUACUCCCCCCUCCACAAUGUGUUUCAAAGCUAACCAUUCGAGAUGAUGAUACUGAAGCCGUUGUUAAGGAAAGACUUCUUGUGUACUACGAGAAGAGCCAGCCGGUUGAAGACUUUUAUCGAAGCCAAGGGAAGCUCUUGGAAUUUGAUUUGCCCGGAGGUAUACCCGAAUCUUGGCCGAAGCUGUUGGAAGUCCUUAACCUCGAUGAACAUGAGGACACCAAACUCUCAGCUGCUGCCUAGAUUUUCAACCCAUUGGUUGCCUUGAUGCAUGUUUUAACAUUUUUGCCCGUUAUUUAUUCGACUGAGUUAAUGAAAAAAAAUAACAACCAAACAUGAAGUCCCCCACAGCCAAUUAACUGCUGUGGCCUAAAAUAGUUGAAUUUCCAGAAUUGCAUUCUUCAAAAGAAGUGUGUUGUACCAAAUAGCUUAAGUUAGUUUGGGAGUGCCAUUUAACUCGUUAAUAACAUCUAUUAAAAAUU